AUGGACCAACCACCAAAAAUUCAAGCAGACGUAGACAAUCUUGUAGACAUAAUGAAGACAACAUUCAACAGAGCUGCUAUCAGUGCAAUUGAAGAAGCAACAAGAAUGCAGUACAAGAGCAGCUUGUGGUAUGAGAUGAGGUAUGGCCGUAUCACAGCUUCAAAGGCACAUGAAGUGAGCGUAUGUCAUACACAUGAUGGUUCAUUGGUUGCUACUAUAAUGGGCGCAAAAAUACCAGUUACUAUUGCAAUGAAAAGAGGUAGAAGUUUGGAGCUAUCUGUCCGGAAGACAGUUAGUACAACAUUGAAUAAAAAAAUCAGUACAUGUGGACUUUAUGUAUGCCAAGACAAUCCCAUGCUUGCAGCAUCUCCUGAUAGUUUAUUGAAAGAUGCCAUUGUUGAAAUAAAAUGCCCUACCAAAGCAAAAGCUAAGCACAAUCAUUUAAAAAAUGUUGCUGAUAGCAACUUUGAAAAAACAAAAAAUGUAGAUAUUAUUCUACUGAAGUACGAAGAUGAUUAUGUCAACAACUUAAUAAAAAACUUGUAUAUUUUUUGGAAAAAAAAUAUAUAUCCUAUUUUGUAUCGUAGCACUAGUCUGUGA